UGUCCACUCCACAGGAAAGGGCGUGGUUAUAUUCAAGGUGGGGCUGGGCGCCCCUUGAUUCUCUGAGGCACGUGCGGCUGCCGCUGUGCGGUGGAAGGAACGUGACGCCAGUAACGAUGGAUAUUCAGAGAUCCCUGGAACUCUUGCACAUGACUGUCUACUCCCAGAGUGUCUCGCCAUGUGGCAAGUACUUGGCAGCUGGGAACAACUAUGGAGAGAUUGCCAUCUUCAGCCUUUCUGCAGCACUGAGUUCAGAGGCUAAGGAGGAGAGCAAGAAGCCAGUGGUGUCCUUUGUAGCUCACGAAGGUCCCGUCUAUGCCCUGGUUUCCACAGACCGGCAGCUGCUCAGUGCUGGCAAUGGGGAAGUCAAGGCCUGGAACUGGAGUGAGAUUGUGAAGAAGGGUUGCAAAGAAGCCUGGAGCAGGAGGCCGCCUUAUGGGAGCAGCUUGGAGGUGCCAGAGAUCAACAGCCUUCAGCUGAACCUCAAGGAUAAUAGUCUUCUAAUGGCUGGGGGAGACUGUUCCAUUCAUAUGAUGGAUCUGGAAUCUGGCGCCUUUACGCAUGAAUAUCAAGGCCACACCGAUUAUAUCCACUGCCUGGCCCUUCGAGACCAGCUCAGAGAGUGCCUGUCAGGGAGUGAGGACGGCACCGUGCGCCUGUGGGAUUUACGUACUGGAGGUCAGGUUCAAUCAAUUGAAGUACAUAAAUAUGAGGAAUGUAACAGGCCGCAGAACGGGAAGUGGAUCCGUUGCCUGGCAACCGAGUCUGACUGGAUGGUGUGUGGUGGAGGCCCAGCGCUCACUCUGUGGCACCUGCGGUCCGUCACACCUACCACGAUAUUCCCCGUGCCCCAGUGUCAGCAACAAGUCAUGUUCUACCAGGACUUGAUUCUCUCGGCUGGCCACAGCCCCACCAUUAACCAUUUACAGAUCAGUGGGGAAGUGAAGGCUCAAAUCCCUUGCAUCCCACGUUGUAUCCACUCUCUUUCCAUCAACGAACACUCGCCAGAGCACAAGGUGCUGACAGCUGCCGGAAGCAGCCACCGCAUCGACGUCUUCACCAACUUCGGUUACCGGGCCUUUUCCCUCACCUUCUCUUAAGCCGCUCAGACGAUUCCGUUUCCAUAAACUGGUGCUGUUCAAGGAGUGCCUGGGCAGGACAGGCAGCCCCACUCGUCAGGCUGCUGCGUUCAGGGAUGGGUGAGCCAUAGCUAGCUGGACUUUUGGUUGGGAAAAGGAGGCUCUUCACUAAGGAAAAAGAAACCCCUGGACCUGCUUGGGCAUGAACUUCAUGGGUUUUAAAGUUGUGGGGGGGGGAAUGAAAGGAAUUGGGAACUGUGUUUAUUGUAACUAGCAACCCCCAAUUCCACAGUCAGGAUAAACCUUACAUCACAGGCAAGAAGCUGUUAAAUCUAUUUCGAGUUAAAUGCAUUAAAACAUUUUUUUUAAGACUGAAA